AUGUUCAUUGUUAUUGUUAGUCUACUGGUGGCAUGCUUCAUCGUUUUAUACACGAUACGAAUUAAGAAGGAGAAGGAAUCGAUGGAAACAACCAAUCCAGAGUUCCUGAAAUACAUAGAAGAAUUCUACUACGAGAAGCCAAACAAAAAGAAGGCGCAGCUUCUGAGAGCAGCGAAGUAUCUGACAGAGGUGUCAGAAGCACUACGCGAGGAAGAGAGUUCAGCAGACAGGCUCUACAAAAAGGGACUGUUAAGUGACGAAUACAUGAAUAAGUUGCAUAUGAAGAUGGAGGAAGAGAUUUUUGUGGAAAAGCACCUGAUACAAAGAGAGGCAGAGGAGAUAAAACCAGGGUUUAGCAGCACGAUAUUUGGAGAGGCGGCCUAUUUGCCGAGUCUCUACAAGCCAGUUGAGAAGUACAAGCCGAGAUUCGAUCACAAAAAGUUCGUAUUGGAAUGCGAGAAGCUUUCUAAGGGUACUGUGCAUAAAGGUAAGUGA